AUGUCGACAACUCCACGAAUCUCCCCAGGCGGCCUCAUCCUAGUCACAGGGGCAAAUGGCUAUAUAGGAAGUCAUCUUAUCGAUCAUCUCCUCAAGAAAGGCUACCAAGUACGUGGCACAGUCCGAGACGCCACAGCGCAAGCAUGGAUGACCUCCCACUUCGGCGACAAAUUCAGCCUCGUCCAGGUGCCGGAUCUCUCUGCCCCAAACGCAUUAGAUGAAGCUGUGAAGGGUGUCAAUGGGAUUGCUCACGUAGCUUCCAACGUCCAAUUCAGCCCCGACGCCGAGAGCUUCGUCCCGCCGGUCGUCCAAGCAGCCAUAAACGUCCUGGAGGCUGCGGCCAAAGAACCCAGCGUCAAGAGCGUGGUAUACUGCUCUUCUCAAGCGGCGAUGCACCGGCUCAAUCUUAACACCCCAUACGAGCUCACCGCGGAUAGCUGGAAUGACACCGCUGUUGAAGCAGCCUACAAGAAAGACGGAGCUGCCGAUAUGGAGAGAAUGGCCGACGUUUAUUCUGCCUCAAAGGUUUUGGCGGAAAGGGGCUCGUGGGAGUGGGUCAAAAAGAACCAGCCGCAUUUUGUUUUCAAUUCCGUCAUCCCUAAUGUCAACUUCGGAGGCGUGGUGUCGCUCAAGCACCAAGGCUUCCGCUCGUCUGCCGGCUUAGUGAAGGCCCUUUGGGACGGGUACACGUUGGGGACAGAAGUGAUUCAGCCGCAGUGGUGCUCGUAUGUCGAGGAUACGGCUCUGCUGCAUAUAGCUGCUCUCAUCUUGCCCGACGUCAAGAACGAGCGCGUUUUCGCAAUGGCUCAGCGGUAUGAUUGGGUACAGAUCCUUGAUCUCUUGAAGAAGCUGUAUCCGGAUCACAAGUUCACAUUGGAAUCCCUUCCAGAUGUGGGCAAGGACAUGGGAAAGGUUCCUACGGAGCGAUCAGAGGAACUGCUUCGCAAGAUGGGCAAAUUUGGAUUCUCAUCUUUGGAAGAGGCUAUUAGGAAGUCGGUUGAGCCAAUUUUGGAGGCAGAGGCAGCCGCUGAGUAUCCGCUUACUGAGAUGGAUAGAUUGAUGAUUGCGAUGAAGCAGCAGACUCCGCAGGAGUAA